AUGAAAGGUUUAAUAUAAAUUAAAACACAAGAUGAAUUCCUGCCCAUAGCAACUAACAAAUUAAACGAAUAUUUGAAGAGCGAUAAGUGCUUGAAUUGAAGAAGCUACAGUAAUUCCUUUGAAGAAGUUUAGGAGUACGUGCAUGUAUGCAUGCAUGUGUGUUACAUGCAUCAAGUAGAUUUAUUCAUAGAAACACCCGUCCUGUUCAAAAACUUCAAGACUAUAAAGAAUUUCUAUACCACAGAGGAAGCUAUAAAGCGAUAACAAUAAUAAUGGAGAUGGAUAAGUAUAUUUGAAGAGGGAAUUCCUGUUUGAGGCCAUUCGAGGAGAACAGAGUCUACAUCAAGAAGGAAUAUAAAGAAGCGCAGGCUUUUGCAUAUUUGCAGGGAACAUAAAAGAGUUGUAUAAGCUAGCAGUAUUCUAUUUCUUAUAAAAGAAUACCGCAAGUUCCAGGAUUGUCUAUAUAUUGGAUAAAACUGUACAUAGACAAAAGUUGUAAGCAGUAACAAAUUGAAGAUUUCUAUUCGUCAUACUCAAGUACAUCGACUAUUCUAGGAUUGAGACUCGAUAAAACUAGCAGUAUAUACUUACUAAGUUAAAGAAGAUUUCUCGUUAAAGUAUAUUGUAUGAUGAUGAUAAUCAAAUUAAUAUCAUGCGCUGCCAUCGUUUCGUUGUUUUCAUACCCAGUAUCGCCCUUCAGCUAUCAGCAAGCAACAAGAGACCAGAACCAGCUGGACAGCGAUGGCCCGCUAGACGUUUCGAAGUUACUAAACACUAGGCCUACAAUACAGGAGGAGAGAAAUAAAACGCUACAAUAUUGUCCACUGGAUGAAAGUGUUAAGAAAAGUAUAAGAGAGCUUUUAAGAGAUAUCGUGAGAAUACUUCGCGCCAAGUCUCGUCAAAAAUCCUGGAAAAUUAGACACGAAGAAACGAACCACCGCGUGCAACGAAGGCAAACUGUAAGUGAAAGUUCGAGGCAAGGAAAUUUAAUCAAUUAAUACAUUUGUCUCCAAACCUUUUUUCCGAACCGUUGAACCAUGCAUGUUUACGCCCCCCACUGCACGAAUUGCCUGGCGUUAUGGAUACAGUCAAUGAAAUACAAAAUUCGGCGUCGUUUACAUAUUAUAUAUAUUAUAUAUAUUAGAGUAGGUUUGUGUAUACGAAACGCAAAGAGUGCUCAAUAUCAUAAAGAUAGAGCAAAUGUAGAAUUUCGCUUACCUCAAAAUUCCGCAACAGUCUGUUUCAUCAGUAAAGAAUUAUCAGGCGGUAUACCGCCUGAUGAUUCUUUACUGAUGAAACAGACUGUUGCGGAAUUUUGAGGUAAGCGAAAUUCUAAAUUCUAUUAUAUAUAUUAUAUAUAUAUAAUUCAUACGGACGGGUAUAGAGUUUAUAGAUUUUAUCAGGCAUUAACUUCACAUUUCUUUUGUAAAUUUUCAAAAUCCCUCAGUGCAAUUUUAGUUUUAGAAAGUUGAAUCAAAAACGUAAUAUUGAUCAUCUGUAUAUAAAUUUGUAAUUAUAUAUGAUUACUAAAAUUCAAGUGUUUCCUGCGUUUUUCGUAAAAAUAAUUGUACUUCAAAUAUACUGAUUGCCGCCAAAUAUAUUGGUGUAACUGUAUUAUUUGGAUGCCUAUGGUGCAUAUAUCUUUCUUCUAUCGAAGGUGGAGAGCUCCGAAUGCCAAGACCGAACUGAAGUCACGCUUGACUGGUUUCCUUUUCCAUAAAUUAUCGAACAUUUCAUGAGGAUCGAGACUAUACCUAAACUGAUUUGAGUGGAGCUAAAAAAAUACAGGAACUAUCUGACAUCGUCGAGUACGAUGUGAUCGGCACAACAGUGGAGAGGUUCAGAUUUAACUUCCGCUACCGCUACUAUCAACCAAUCAAACGUGCUUAAUCUAUCGAUUAACCAAUCAGAUGCGAAACGAGCCAGUGAGAGGUGUUGAAACUCCACUGCAGUUGUAACCAAAUGAGUACUGACCAGAACGGGUAUUCGAACCCAGAUUAGCGCUAAUCCUCGCGGUUAAAAUUUAACAUGAUGUUUCAGUUUAUAUAUUUCUGCACGUCUGUUUAUUUCCGAAAACUUCACAGAAGAAAACUCCUACUGAUCCAGAAAAAUAUUUCUGAAGAAAUAUUUCCAAAUUUAUAAACAAGCUGUUAGGGAGUUUGCUUUGUGUUUUUGGUUAACUUAGGUUAAACUAAGUGGCUUUCGCUGACAAUCGAUCCCAAGGCUGGAAGCCAGGGUUAAACCUUGCGUAAUUUAUUACACUGUUAAACUAAAUUACAUCAACCUUACUUGUUUGUAGGCUCCGUGGCCCUACAACUGCGUACAUGCAUCUAUAAUGUUUCACGAAGGACAGCUCAUGAUGAACAUCAAUUUACAAAAAUGUUGCAAGGCUUGCGAAUAUCCAGCCUUUACUCGAUGCGUUGCCAAUAACAGCGGUGUUGAUGCGUGCACCCGGCAAGGCCUUCAGUGUGUAAGUGCGUGCAUUGAUAAACAUGUGCGACAUUGUACCGUUGUAGGUAUGCCUGCGGCGCAGAAUAUUGUCAGUAUCCAAAAUUUGUUACAGUCAAACCAAGUUGAUGGCAACGUUCAGCAGAGAAGAUGCCCAACAAGAAAGAAGAAGAUGGGUCAGUCAUAUUGUAUUGAACGCUCUUGUAUUCCACUAAGUAUUUAGAUUAUAUUGGCCUGAUUUGGACACUCGAACUUCUCUAGUACACCCUUUGUCCUUAUCGUAGAUAUGCCCGCUUGAAAGGGAAAUAGCAAUAAAAAUAAAGUUUCUCACAUAUGAAAGAUAGAUUCAAUAUAUUUCAAAACUUUUGGUCCAAAAUUUGACCUUUCGAAAAAUCGGUCGGAAAUCAUAAGGGAGGGAGGGGGGGGGGAGGGGGACCACGGGUCAGCCACAUGACAUUUGGCGAAAAUUUCAAAGUUCUUUACAUCGCGUUUUUUGUUGGUCAAAAGUAUGGCAGUUCAAUAUACCACUGGCAUGGAUCUAUCUUUAAUACACCCUUUCCGGAUAAUUACGUCAUUGGAUCUGGGAGCCUCGCUCUCAAGAACAGUGAGCCAAUCACCUUGGGUAAUUUACUAAUGAGAGCGAGGCUCCGGGUCCAAAAAGUAUGUGUGACGUAAUUAUCGAAAGGGUAUAUUCAUGAAGCUAGUUGCCAGGCCACCUCGGUCAACAGCUGAUUUGCAUCUAUGUAUCUGACCUUCCAUAUGGGUAAGUUUGCUACUUGAAUAUAUUACGGCUGUAUUUAUGGUGAACGUAGACACUGUUCGAAUGUUUGCAUCAGCUGCUAGCUAAACUAUAGCUUUUGUGUAAACUCAGGGUCUCGAAAAAUAAUUAAGUGUACAUAAGUUUGACAUGCUCUGACAUGAUUAUGAUUCAACCAUUCAUAUGGCUAUACUCAGUAAAUAACAAUCACUUUCCAUAUAAAUGGCGCCAGACCGACGAUUGUUCCCCCGGACCUUGUAGUAACAUGUUGAGUCGGUCUUAUCAAGAAAGAAUGGUCUGGAAUCAGAAGUCAUUGUCUGUUAUGUUUUUGUUUGAGUUUCCGGGCUUCCGAAGGCGAAGCCAUCACUGAUCUUCACAGGCUAUGAGUCGGUCUUCCGCUUGCAUGGCAAACAACGUAAUUAAUUAAACCCGAAAUAGUUUGCUGAUAGUCGAGUGUUGGCUCAUUUAACAAAUGAGCCAACUCCGUACAACACGUCCAAGUUUAAAGCGUCAAGAAAACGCAAGAACUUGAGCGGUCCCAUUCCCAAACAUGCGCAUUGAAGGUUACUUCGUCGUGUGUUUUGCAUUUGCGAUGGUUUGUCUUGCAGGAGCCGAAAUCGAAAGCUUCUUUGAGAAACGUCGUUCGCCACCGCGAGUAGGUUUGAACCAACCAUCGUAUUGCCCCGUGAGUCCAGAGAUCAUGGCAUUUCUCAACCAACUGCGAGGUCCUGGCGAUAAAACGUCACGUCAAAAAGACCGCAUUUGUAUACAGUCAAGACAGAAUCAAGGGGUGCGUAUAAGCACAACUUUACGGCAUGUAUAGUAUUAGGGACCGGUCGUUAUUUAUAGCUGGCGGUAGCACCAAAGAGAAAAGGGUUGAGUAGACAAAAUUUUGAGUGAAUAAAAGGUUGGAUAAAUAAAAAAACUCAAUGGUUGGGAUAAUUUUUUUUCAUUUCCACUAAUCAGACUCACUCCAAUAUUGAAGACUAAAAAGCAAUGUCAACAGUCAUAUGUCAAUAUAAUAUGCAAAUUAAUCAGAGUCACUAUCUAGAUCAUUUUCCGAUGUCAGGAGGAAAACGUUGUCUCCAAAGGAGGUACAUGUGCAGACAACAUGAAAUUUUAGACUGCAGAAAAUUGACAAGCAGUUUUCAAGUCAAGCUCGUGUCACAGAAAUGCAUGUGCAUGACAACUGGUUUGUGACGUUAUUGGCCAGUGGUGGUUAUUCUUUAAUUAAUAUUUGAGGCUGGGUGCUUUUUUUUACCGUUAAUGGUUGGAUUGGCAAAACGCUUACCAACGAAAAUAUUCAGUCUCUUCGGUGGCACCCCCACCAAAAAAUAAUGACCGGUCCCCCCAAGUAAUUGCUCAUUCUACUCAAUCGUGUAAUGCAUCUUCUAAUAAUAUAUAUAUAUAUAUAUUUAUUAUAAACUAUAAUGUAGCCUUAUUAACAUUGGAUACUGUAUCAUAAUAAAUCCAGAGAGACCAUCACACAUCACAUUUCUUUGCAUUUGUUUCUAUAAUAUUAAAUCACAAUAGUGAUUUGUACAUCUUCUUCAGUUCCAGAGUGCUACUAGCUGGACCUACAACUGCUUGCAUGCAGGCCUGAACGUCAAAGCGCAAAUCUUCGAGGUGCCCGUAUACGAAUGCUGUAAGAAAUGCGAGUAUCCAGCUUUCCCCCAAUGUCUUGCCAGGAGCAGAGCUGGUGAUGUGCUUUCCAGGUGUAAUAGCGAGGCCUUACGAUGUGUGGCGUGGUGUAUACUCGUGAAAGGACAGCGACCUACCAUUCACAAGAGCUGCAGCAAAACUGUGCAAAAAUAUGGAAAUUCCCAUUGUGUGCAAAGAUCCUGUAUCCGUAUUUAG